AUGUUGUCUUCCCGGACAUUUGUGGGUGGUGCGCGGGUCGCAGUGAGGGGCUCAAAGUCGUUCCGUCGGUAUGCCUCCGCCGCGCCGACCGCUGCUUUUGCUGGACAGAAGGGGAGCAACGGGAAGUAUACCGUGACAUUAAUUCCGGGUGAUGGAAUUGGGCCUGAGAUUAGCAAGUCGAUCAAAGACAUAUACGUCGCCGCAAAUGUGCCCAUUGAAUGGGAGGAAGUCAGUGUCGCUCCAGUACUGAAAGGGGGCAAGACGGUCAUUCCUGACGCAGCAAUUAGCUCGGUUAAGAAAAAUACGGUGGCGUUGAAGGGACCUUUGGCAACUCCAAUCGGAAAGGGUCAUGUCUCUCUGAACCUCACACUGAGAAGAACCUUCAAUCUCUUCGCAAAUGUGCGGCCAUGCGCGUCCAUCAAGGGUUUCAAGACACCAUAUGACGAUGUGAACACCGUUCUGAUCCGUGAGAACACGGAAGGCGAGUACUCGGGCAUAGAGCACGAGAUAGUGGACGGUGUCGUCCAAUCUAUUAAGCUCAUCACUUGGGAUGCGUCUGAGCGUGUUGCACGUUAUGCCUUCCACUACGCGCAAUCAUCAGGCAGAAGGCGCGUCACUGCUGUGCACAAGGCCAACAUCAUGAAAAUGUCGGACGGUAUGUUCCUGUCUGCGUGUCGUCAGGUCGCCAAAGACUUCCCGGAUAUCACCUACGAUGAAGACCUAUUGGACCGUGUUUGCCUUCAGGUCGUGCAAAAUCCGAGGCCCUAUGCGGAUCGUGUCAUGGUGAUGCCCAAUUUGUAUGGUGAUAUUUUGUCGGAUAUGUGUGCCGGUCUCAUUGGCGGACUCGGCUUGACGCCGUCCGGUAACAUUGGUCGGGAUGCGUCAAUUUUCGAAGCUGUUCAUGGUUCUGCUCCGGAUAUCGCAGGCAAGGGAUUAGCCAACCCCACUGCUCUCCUGUUGUCCUCUCUCAUGAUGCUCCGGCACAUGAACAUGGAUGAGUACGCUUCCAAAAUUGAGAAGGCAGCUCUAUCGACAAUCGCCGAGGGCAAGACCAUUACGGGAGAUCUCGGUGGCAAGGCAUCGACGAAGGAGUACACGGAUGCUAUUAUCGAGAAAUUGUCCCAGGCAUGA